AUGUACGAAGGGAUUGACAACCUGAAAUCCCUUUACGACCGUGCCGGGAAGACUUUCUCCGGCGGUCCUUCUGCGGCACAGGAUGUGUCGCGUCGUACUGCUCGACCAGACCCAGUACGUCAACCAUCAAUUGGGAGCGGGGCUCCCAAGAAUCCCAGGACGGGGGAUAGCCGCGCCACCGGACGAGGUAACUCGUCCGACGUCCGUUCACGUCGCGGUGGUUCAACAGCUGCUCAACUAGAUAGCGCUGGCCACCGCGAGAGUCCUCUAAUGGAGAGCUUCUUUGAUCGCGUAACGCAAGGGUUACGCGACGAUCUCGAGCAUGAGCGGAAUAGGCGUCUCCAGAUGGUGGACACUGCCUCGAAGCAUCGAGCUGAGUUUGCCUUUGCUCAGCUUGAGAACGAGAGAUCUCUGACAUCUCUUCGUGACGAGCUAAGGGUAGCUCGUGGGAUUGUUGAUCGGUCUCGGGCUGAGAUAACUGCUCUUCAGACCCUUGUUGAUGCCCACCAUCGGGAGCACAAGGCUCUCUGCGAGAUGCUUGAGCGCAAGGGCGUUCUUCAUCGGAAGAAGCAGCGUACUGAUGGUACGGCUUAA